UGCGCGGCGCGGGAGCGGGAGCGGCGGAGCGGGGCGGCUGCGUGGAGGGGUGCGCCGCGGCGCGCCAGUCUCGUGCCGGUAGUCGGUAGGUCAACCGAGCGACUCCGGGAGCCGUCCCCGCCGCGCCGUCGCUCGCUCGUAGUCGUAGUGCGCCCGCCCCACGCCGGCCCACGAGUCCAUGGAAACCCAGAAUCAGGAUGCGGCACACAGCCCCGCUGAAGUGCCGAACGACCCCGGGAAGAUGUUCGUCGGAGGACUCAGCUGGCAGACUAGUCCAGAAAGCCUUCGGGAUUACUUUAGCAAAUUCGGCGAAAUCACAGAAGUUAUGGUUAUGAAAGAUCCAACAACGAGGCGGUCGAGGGGUUUUGGCUUUAUCACAUUUGGAGACCCUGGUAGCGUAGAUAAAGUAUUAGCGCAAGGAACACACGAAUUAGACGGCAAAAAGAUUGAUCCUAAAGUGGCCUUUCCCAGAAGAGCACAUCCAAAGAUGGUGACCAGGACAAAGAAAAUCUUCGUAGGAGGGUUAUCAGCACCCACAACGCUGGAAGACGUAAAGAAUUACUUCGAACAGUUUGGCCCGAUCGAGGACGCCAUGUUAAUGUUCGACAAACAAACCAAUAGGCACAGAGGUUUCGGUUUCGUCACGUUUCAAAGUGAAGACAUAGUAGAUAAAGUGUGCGAAAUACAUUUUCACGAAAUCAACAACAAAAUGGUGGAAUGCAAGAAAGCACAACCUAAAGAAGUUAUGCUACCAGCGAAUCUGGCAAAGACGAGAGCCGCCGGUCGCGGCGCGUACGAUUUCAUGUGGUCAUUGGGUGCUCUUCCUGACGGUUUCCCCGCAGCAUACGCCGCCUACGCGGCAGGACGGAGCUAUUCGGGCUAUCCUAGCUUCGGGCUGCCAUACCCUGCAGUUGACCUGACCAACGGCCAACUGACACCGAACAACAACACACCGCUGCUCGCGCAGGCGCUCUCAGUGAUGAACAACUACCAAGCGGCAGCCGCCGGGUUCGGGCCGCCAGCGUCGCCACACGCCGCCAGCGGCCGCGCGGGUUUCCCCGCCGCCAGCUCGCCCGGGCCCGCGCUGGACGUGUACGGCUCGGCGGCGGACAGCGUCGGCUACGUACAGGCCGCCAGCCCCCAGCCCUCUGGAUUCCCCGCGAUCGCAGUCAGCCGCGCGCCCCUCAAUUACACCCCGGGACCCCUGAUUCCUGCGGCUUUUACCAAUGGAUACCAUUGAAAGUGUCUCAGCACUAAUAUUUUACGUGGCGAGCGGUGUGGCGUCGCGUAACGUCCCGCGGCAGCCGCCGCACGACACGUCUCCUCGACCGGCCCCCGCCGCCCUCACCCCGCGCCGCCCCGGCGCCCCUCGGGCGCCCCGCGUGCGCCGGCGACGGUCGUCUCAUCCGUCCGACCACCGCGCGGACCGAUCCGUCGACCGCAAACACCACCCCCCCACCUCUACCCUCCUUCCUUAAAUCCACCCCCUAUCCCGAAGAUCCUGAGGAGACCCUGUCUAUUGUAAAUAAUAAUAAUCUACUUUUUAUCGUGUGAACGAGAGAUAGUCUAUUACUUAAACAGGUAUUUUUUCAAACUUUUCUCGCUUUCAACUGUACCGUAGAUGUGUUGUCAGAAUAUUAAAGGAUUAAACUACAAAAAAAUACAUUUCAUAAUUAUAUAAACAUGCAUCUAGACAGUUAAAUCGCAGGGAGAUAUAUCUUCACUAUUUUAUUGUUCAUAGUUAAAUUACAGUUUUAAGAUGUAACUUAAUGUCCCUCCACGCGCGCGGGACCUUCGUUUCUAGAUACAGAGUUACUUGGCAUGUACUAUAACGUCGCCCACCGAGCGCGUUUCACGGGUCACAAUUUUUUAGGAACAAGCUUUUGUAAUGAGUAGGAGUUUGAAAAUGAAGAGCAGUUAUGUAUGGAGGUUCUAACGUGUCGCUAGCAUGGCGGCGGCGUGCGUCGGCGCAGCGGGCCCGCAGCCCGGACGGCCAUGUGACAAUAAGCGAGGCGCGCCGGCUCGACGCACGCGCACCACGCUCCUAGCUCGUCCACCAACACAUAUUUUAUUCUAUUUUUAAUAUUAAUGUCAAAUAUUAAUAAUUAUUAUACUACUAUAUAUUACGCAUAUUUUACCUAUGAAUGUAAUUAUUUUUCGCCUAAUUCGAAUUGUAUAAAAUCACGUCUUUGAACCGCUGUUCCGUUUCAAGUAGUUACAGUUUCUCGAUUACUUCUGUAUAAGACUAUGUUAGUUACGAUAAAAUACUACGUAUACAUACUUUCUAAUAUUUAUGUAUUAUGAUAUAAAAUUUUAUCCUAAGGAUAAUAAUGAUUAUAGACGGUUCAUAAGGACGGUCGGGAAGUUAAGUCGGAACAUUUCACAAUAUCUCUCAUCGCGUUAAGAUAAUAAUUCGUUUCUAUCUUGUACCUUUAAAAGUAGGUAUUGUAAUUAUAAUAAAUGAAAAUUUUGUGCAUUACGUAAUACAUAUUGCAUUAUUUCUUACGAUUGUAUUUACCGUAAUGUAAGACCACUGUUAAUGAGUAAUGAGGCGUCGCUAGAUUGUGGCGUCACACCGUACUUAGUUGUAUUUACAAUUUUAAUCAAAUUAUUAAUAAACAAUAAAUUUUCGUACAGAUAAUAAAGUCACACGACACAAGCAUUUCAAUAAAAUAAAGACAGGGAUAUCACAAAAAGUUACUCGGCCAAAGGCGCAGGUUCGAGGUAAUAGAUUAAAUAUGAAGUCAAUUCAUUAAUCAUAUUCGUUAGGUACUGGAGACAUUUUUAUCGGCCACUUUUGUCUAGUUUGCUGCAGGCAGGCGCGUAGGUGGCGUCGUAGCCCGCUACGCCGUAGACGCGCUACGCGCCGCUACGCAGCCGCGCCUGCGCAGCCGCCUGCUCGCUACACACAUAUGCACUCGGUUGCAUUCAUUCGUUCGUUAUUUACUAUUAAUUACUAUUAUUACACAUUAUCUACAUCAAUUAAACAUUAAUAUUAUAAAUCUAGGUAUUAAAUUUUAGGUAUUAUAAUAAACAAUCUUUUAAAUGCUAUUAUUAUAUAAAUACGUUAUAAAUAUAAAUGUUUCCUGUUACAAAAAAAAAUAUUGAAAAUCAUACGAAAUAAAUCAAUAUUCUUUUUAAAGGUGAUUUAUUACUUAUGAGUAUGUAGUUAAUUGAAUAAUGGAGUGUUAGAGGGAGUGCGCUCGUCGCCGGGCGGCGCGCUCGCUUUGCGUAUUUUCGUUCGUGCCGAGAGUCGGUUCGCUGACGCGACGGUGAGAGCGCCGCGCGCGCCGGCCGAGCGGCGCCGAGCGCGCCCGAGAGCGGCCGAACGGCGCCGAGCGCGCCCGAGCGCGCCCGCGCCGGGCCGCACCGAGCCGCACACACCGCACCGCAGGAGACGCGACCGCGAUUAUGUUGUUAAACGUUAGCUAGGAAAUUGAUAAUGAAAUCGAAAGGUGUGAGUCUGUAGGACGGUCGGAAAAUCGAUAUCAUACCUAACAAAUUAACGUAAUUAUUUGUUUUAUAUUUACGGUGUUAUAGGUAAUUAAGACAUUUUUUCUUAGGAUAUUUAAUUAUUACGAUGAGAUGUUAUACUUGUUAGGCCGGGCCGGCGGCGGCGCGGCCGCGCUCCCCUCCGCCGUCGGCCGACUAUUCUCACUCUCACAUCCUCACUCUAAUUAUAUUUUCUUACCGACCUUUUUAAUGUAGUAGAAGCGCACACGGCCGCUUGUCCCCGUGCGAGUACGAGUACAAACAAACAAACAUUUUAGUGAGAGACGUUCGUUUCGCCGCGUUCGUGAGAAGCCAUCGGUUCGCCGCGAUGCAUCGAGACGAUGAUACUUACUAUUGUAUAUAGUUACAUAGUUAGCCGCAUGUAAAAAGACGUUAGCCGAUACCAUCUGAUCGAAAUUAGACUCAUUCGAGCUGCAAUCAGGAUUAGCUUGACGAUGGAUUAGUUUCAUUGUUGUUGAAAUGGUUUGUUGUUACGGUAUGUGAGGUUGUUUCUUUAGUGUGACCCUAGUUGCCGCGGAAAGGCGCGGGAGAUGCCCUGGAGGCACAAACAUAGACACGACUACGAUGGCAUCGAACUUUCUAACCCAUAUAAAGUAUAUAUCAGUUUGAUAGUUCGGCGCCGUGAACCGACGCCUCUAUGCAUGUGCCCAGGCGUUCUGCCGCCGCUGCACCGCUUUCUCGCUUCCUCGUAUAUGCGUUAGUUGAUUUAAUUCAGUCAUCAUUUCUAGAAAUGUGAUCUAUAUCACGAUAAAGACUACGUAAUAAUAAGCGAGAUCUCAAAUUUAUUUUAAAAAAUUCGUUAUAUGAUCCUAAUAUUGCGACUUAUCUUAUAUAUAAAAUUGAAAAGAUAAUUUAUUAUAUUUUGUAUAAUAACAUUCUACAUUAUUUUACACUCGACCUACUUUAUAUUGUUAUUAAAGAUAAUAAUUAAUUUUAAUCUAAUAACGUGACAGACUGGUAAAGUUCGUAGAGUCGCCGUGGCGGCCUUAGAUCAAGUAGCUUUGCAUAUUCGGCGAUGGCCAACAUAAUGUUUCAAGGACCAAAGGUAUACUUAUUCGCGUAGAACCGGACGCGCAUUGGCUCCGCACGAACCGACCCCAGCCGAUCGGUUGUUUCAUUGCACCAUCAGAGCGUGUCUAUGGGUAUAGAAUAUGAUGAGAAGUCACUUAAACAGCGGGCAGUGGCGGCCGCGGCGGCACCGCCAGCCAGCGCUCGCCGGCCGCUCGCGGCGCACGCGACGCGCAAGCAGCUCGCGCCGGGCGGCGACCGCGCGGUGACGGUCGCCGCCGCCGCCGCCGGCGCUCGCGCCUGUGUCCCCCCCUGCCCCUCUUCACCCGGCACCCCCGCCCCCCCGCGCAACGCCGCCCGCUUGGUUUCGUUCUCGCGGUUACUUCUCGAUUGCGUGCUUCGCGUGCUGACUGAUUUUCUAUAGCAAUAAAAAUCAAUUACCUAAGAUUUUACAUUAAAAUAAAUUUGGAUUUAUAUACGUUCGAAUUUGGUGUCAUGUACAUUUAAAAUAUUAGAGAAAGAAGGAUAACGAUAGGCGAACGGGUCGCGACAGUUCGUCGCGACGUCGGCGCAAUAUUUUCGUCAUUUCUUCGUGUAUUAUAUGUUACAUGAAUCUGUAUACAAUAUGGAUAUAAAUCAUAAUGAUUGAAUAAAAUAAAUAAAUUAGUUUUUACGUCAUCUCUUUACUAAAAUAAUGAUAUCAAAACAUUUUGUAAAAAGCGGUGGGUAUGUCCGCCGCCCCGAUUCCGUGCACCAGUGCACUUUAACUUAUGGGAAUAUUACAUUAUAUAACGUACAUAAUACUAUGAGAUAUAUAAUCAUACAGCCUCUCGGGGCGCGCGUGUAUGGCGAUGUAUGUAUACACAUUGUGCAAUGUACAUAUACCUAUUAUGAUACAAUGAUUUAAGACAAGGUUCACAUCGUGCCGUGUGUAUGUGGUAAUAAAUAUAAUAUGGACAUUGUUCAAACAAUAA